AUGCCCGUCUUCUCCUCUCAGCAUCAUCAUGAUGGUAUUGAAUGGCAUUCCAUGGAUCGAUCUCAACGCCUUGCCAAAAUAUUCGAGUUGUAUGACAAGGCUCAGAAAGAGAACAAGAAUCAAUUAGAAUCCAAAGUUGCUCUCUCGUCGGAACCAUUCGAUUAUCGUAUAAGUGAAGAUAAACCCAUUGAAAAGGAUCGAGUGGUGUCAUUCAUUCCCGAUUCCUAUCGAACCAAUGAUACGAGAGAAGACAUUGUUUUGGAAUAUGUUGAAAAUUUCAACCAACAAUAUUCUCAAUUGUUUAAAGAUCGAAAACCACUCAUGUUGUAUCCAGAAAAUGAAGUUGGAGUUCAUAAAUUUAUUUGUACAUACAUCAAACCAACUCUAUUACCAUAUCCAGAUUUAUAUGAUGCAAAAGGAAUUGCAACAUUUGUUCAUCAUCACACGACCUUUGAAUCUCUUGAUAAACCUUUUGAAAUUCCUGAAGUUGUUUGUAGUCCAACCACAACUCUCUUUUGGCAGAAAGGAAAUAGUUUUGAUUUGUCCAUUCUCUUGUGUUCACUCUUGAUUGGAGCUGGAUAUAAUGCUUAUUGUGUCUCUGGUUAUGCUAAAAAGAGUAUUGUAUUCAAUGAUCAAACAGAACGAUCUUUUCCAUUUGAAAUUGAACCUGAAGAAGAAUUAAUCAAGGAAGAAAAAAAAGUAUUUAAAGAAAGUAAAUACAAACUCAAAGUUCGACCCAAUUUGACAAGUCAUUUCAGAAAAGAAGAUUAUCCAUUGAAAGAAGAAGAAGAAGAUAAUGACACUCUACAGAAGCAAGUGGACAUGGAAAUUAAUAGCAUUUAUCCUGCUACUACUAAUAUCAAUACUAUGAAUACUAAUAAUACUAAUAAUCCAAAUUCAAACAAUGAUAACACUUCUGAAACAACAACAUCUUCAGAUCUCACCCCUCCUCCUCCUCCAACUACUACCAAAUGGUAUUCUCUUGGUGGAGAAGAUUCCAAACAAAUGGAAUUACUUUCUAAACUCUUGAAUUAUGUUCAUUGUUGGGUCAUUGUAUUACCAGGAAGAAGAGAUGUUAAAACUCCAUUCUUUAUUGAACCAUCCACAGGUGAAAUGAUUGAAUUGAAUGAAAUUGAUUCAUUAGGAUAUUAUGGAAUUGAAAGUUUAUGGAAUCAUGAAAAUUAUUGGUGUAACAUGUUUUUUGAAAAGAAAAUUUCAAAUAUUAUUUUUGAUUUAAAAAAUUUACAUCAUUGGGAAUAUAUUUUCAUUAGAAAUACAAAGAAUGAAGAUAAUAUUGAAGAAGAAGAUGAAACAUUACAAGAAGAGAAGAGAAUUGAAUUUCUCACUGUUGAAGAAGGUGAAUACGAUGAUGACAUUUUAGAUGUUCCAACUUCAUGGGUUGGAAAAAUACAAAUUUCAAAACGAAAAUAUGAAGAUCGAUAUCCAUUGAAUUACAAGUGUGUAGAAUAUUCAAAUGCAACAUUGGAAUUGUUUUCUCCUUAUUAUCGAAAGGAUUUAAUAACAAAAAUUAUUACUUGUUAUUUGGAUGAAUCGAAAGAGAGAGUGAAAGAAGUGCAUUAUUAUUUUAAUCAUCGAAAAGAUUUACUCAAGAGAAGAUCCAUCUAUUCCAUCUAUUCACCCAAUAAUAGGAUCAAUAUGAAUACCACCACCACUAAUAUCACCCCUACUACCACUACUACUAAUCGCAAGUUACAAGAUGAUGAACCAUCAUCCAUCACAAGGGUUCGAGAACGUAUUCAUGAAUGGUUUGAACCUGGUAGAAUGAGUACUUCCAACUUUGAAGCUCUCAAAGAAUUUGUCUAUGAAAAAGGUGUUCGAAGAGAAUACAAAUUUUAUAGUGAAGCUCGAUUGGAUGGUUUAGAGAAGAGAAUUGAACUCUUUGAUGGAUCUAAAAAUUUAUAUCAUCCAAAGAAGGUACUUGAAUAUUAUCAAAAUAGAAUGGAAUUUGGAGAUUUCUUAUGCUAUCGAUCGGUUUCGUAUGAUAUUGAGAAACCAAGUAUUAUGAGUUUAAACCUGAAUCACCAUGAAGAUGAUUUGAAAUAUGGUCCAAUCAUUGGAGAGGUUGGUCUCCUUUCCAAUCAUUCGAAUCCUACGACUACGACUACUACUACUACUACUGGUGGUACUGCUACUACGACUACUACGACUGCUACUAACAACCAUUAUCAGAAUUCCAACAUGGAGUCAUCAUCAUUCAUGAAUGAUCAGAACAACAACAACUUGGACAAGAACUUAUUCAUGAUGGAUGGAGCUCUCACUCGUCGAAAACAACUCAAUGAUUCCAUCAUUGUCAAAAUGACUGAGAAAUUCACACGAGAUGAAAACAAAAGUGCCAAUGAAGAUGUUGCAAAAAGAACGUUCUAUGUUGUGGAUAAAAAGAUUCGUUUAGAGUAUCAUUUUGGAGAAGGAAAGAUUACUCGAUCUGUUCGUGAAUACUCCAAAGAUGGUGGUUUUUAUACGGAAAUUAUUGAUCCAUUUAUGCCUCGUCCUAAAUUGGUUGAAACUGUGGAAGAGUUUCAUGCUCUUCUUCAAACUGAGAUUAAAUGCAAGGAGGAAAUUGUGAAAAGUACUUCAGAAAUGGCCAAUAUUCUCCACACUCGAUACAAUGAAGAGCGUAAUAUUCAGUCCAUCACUACCAUCUAUGAUGUGGAAAGAAAUAGACCUACGAUGGAAGAAUUACGUUUAUUGAGAGAAAAAGAACGAGAAUUGGAAGAACAACGCAAAAACAAGGACCUUGUGGAUCAUCUCAUUCCUAAGGAUGGUGUGAAAUCGGUGCAACAAGCUGAAGAAAUCUAUUACACAGUCAUGAAAGAUCUCAAAGACCAAUUAAUGAUGAGAAUCAACAUUAUUGAAGAACGGCUUCAAAAAGAAAAACAAAAACUUGCGAGAAGAAGAACCAUGUAUCAAAAGAGCCAAGAAGGAGUGGAUAGAAAUAGUGAAGAAUACGUUCAGUUCUGUCAAGAUACUCUCUUCAAGAUUAAAAUUCUUAAACAGAGAGCAGAAGAUCAUAAUGCACGGGCAGCCAAGAAGUUUGCAGAACUCAAAGAGAAACUUCUCAAUCACAAACAAUUGGCUGGUUUUCUUAAACACUUGAAAAAGAAGAAUUAA